CUCUCUCUAUAUAUAUAUAUGCACUGAUACACAUAUACAUAUAUAUACUUAUUGUCGUUACAUAUCGAUUUCAAUCUUCAAUAAUGGCCGAAGAACCAGUACAAGAAUCUUCGACUUCGAAUGCAGCACCGUUGGGUCACUUGGUGAUCCCAAUGGCGAACAGGCUGCAGGACAUCUUCGCACAGAUCGGAAGCCAGUCGACGCUCGAGCUACCUCAGGUGGCCGUCGUCGGGAGCCAAAGCAGCGGCAAAUCGAGCGUUUUGGAGGCUUUGGUUGGCCGUGACUUUUUGCCGAGGGGUUCGGAUAUUUGUACUAGGAGGCCCUUAGUUUUGCAGCUCCUCCAGACGAAGAGAAAGGCAGAUGGGGCUGAGGAGGAGUAUGGAGAGUUCUUGCAUCUUCCGGGAAAGAGGUUUUCUGAUUUCAGUGAUAUUCGGAGGGAAAUUCAGGCUGAGACAAAUAGGGAAGCUGGAGGAAACAAAGGUGUUUCAGACAAACAGAUUCGUCUAAAGAUUUUUUCACCGAACGUCCUUGAUAUUACCCUGGUGGAUUUGCCGGGUAUAACAAAGGUUCCUGUUGGUGAUCAGCCUUCUGAUAUUGAAGCACGGAUUAGAACGAUGAUAAUGUCAUAUAUUAAACUACCAAGCUGUUUAAUAUUAGCUGUUACGCCAGCAAAUUCUGACUUAGCAAACUCAGAUGCUCUUCAAAUUGCUGGAAAUGCUGAUCCAGAUGGUUAUCGAACAAUUGGUGUAAUCACAAAGUUGGAUAUUAUGGAUAGGGGUACUGAUGCCCGCAAUUUUCUGCUUGGAAAAGUUAUUCCCCUUCGACUCGGUUAUGUAGGUGUUGUGAAUCGUAGCCAAGAGGAUAUUGCGAAUAACCGGACCAUUAGGGAUGCACUUGUUGCUGAGGAGAAUUUCUUUCGCAGUCGUCCAGUGUACAAUGAUCUUGCUGAUCGUUGUGGUGUACCCCAGUUGGCAAAGAAGUUGAACCAAAUUCUGGUGCAGCAUAUCAUGUCAGUGCUUCCAGGGUUGAGGUCUCGUCUUAGUGCUGCACUGGUUUCUGUUGCAAAAGAGCAUGCUAGCUUUGGAGAAAUCACAGAAUCAAAGGCUGGUCAGGGAGCUCUUCUACUGAACAUACUUUCGAAAUAUUCUGAAGCUUUCUCUUCAAUGAUAGAGGGGAAAAAUGAAGAGAUGUCAACAUCUGAGUUGUCCGGUGGAGCAAGAAUCCAUUAUAUCUUCCAGAGUAUAUUUGUGAAGAGUUUGGAGGAUGUGGACCCAUGUGAGGGUUUAACUGAUGAUGACAUCCGAACAGCCAUUCAGAAUGCAACUGGUCCUAAAUCUGCGCUAUUUGUUCCAGAAGUGCCAUUUGAAGUUCUAGUUCGAAGACAAAUAGCUCGAUUAUUAGAUCCAAGUCUGCAGUGUGCCAGAUUUAUUUAUGAGGAGUUAAUAAAGAUGAGCCAUCACUGUAUGGUCAAUGAAAUGCAGCGGUUUCCUGUUCUAAGAAGACGCAUGGAUGAGGUUAUAGGGAACUUUUUGCGGGAGGGCCUUCAACCAUCAGAGACGAUGAUUGGGCAUAUUAUUGAAAUGGAGGUAUGCUGA